CAUUGUUUGAUCUAAAUUUUAAAGCUUAUCAGUCAUGGCUGAAGAGGAUAGCAAGCAAAAUGCAAUCUCCAACGACCAACCUCAGCAGCCAUUACCAACCUUACCAGGAUACCGGUAUGGUGGUGGUGGAUCAGGUGAGAGAAAAACAUGGCCGGAGUUGGUGGGAUUAACAAGUGAAGAAGCAGAAAGAAGGAUCAAGGAAGAGAUGCCUGGAGUUAACGUUCAUGUGAUUCCGCCUGAUUAUUUCGUUACAAUGGAUUUCAGAACAGACCGGGUGCGAAUCUUCACUGACUCCUCAGGAAAAGUCUCACGGGCACCUAUGAUCGGUUGAUUUUGGGGAAGAUUCGUCUCUGCCAGGAAUGAUACAUAUCUUACUAGUAUCGACUACUGUUUCUGCUUUUUCUACAACUUGGUCAGCGUUAUAUCCAAGAAACUAGAAGGAAGUAGGAACUCGUGUCUGGCAGGAUUGAAUCCCUGAUUCCCUUGUGUUGUUCUCCACAUCCUUGGGCAGUUCAGGCUUGAAUUCUUGUUCUGGAUCGAAUUUUAUGUAAAGAAACAAACACGCAAGUGUUUUUGUAUUUCCUUUGUGAAAGACCAAUCUUGCAUCCACCUGUACUCCGUAACCUCUAGCACAUGUUGCAUUAGAUUGGGUGGCUUAAUCGUUGAAUAAAGUUCAGAAGGUUGAGAUGGGAAUUGAUAGUAGUACCCAAAAUGCAUUCCUUUUUAUUCUGCUGACUUUUUGGCUGCAAAAAGUUUAGUAUUCCACUUCAAGAAACUAAUCAUUCAGC